CUAGUAAAUAGGAGCCCGGUGCAGUUGGAGCGUCGACGCACUUCCGCGCAAGCCAUAUCGCCAGCGCUGGCGGACGCAUAAUGGCCGUCAUGGAGGCGACAGAGCUCAGUAAUGACACCCGUGGUUGGAUCAUGUGCUUGGUCAGCGGGACAGCGUGCGUCCUUGGUGCUAGUGUCAUCAAUGUCGACGUCAUCGUCCGCCUCUUUCCUGGCAAGAAGAACUUUCGCGUACAGGAUAGCAAUGCCUUUCUCGCGGCGUCGCUCAGUCUUAGCUUCGGCGUCAUGUUGUUCAUGUCUCUCUAUAGCAUGCUACCAUCAGCGAAGAAGUACCUUUCGAAGGGUGGCUACGAAGACCCAGUCUCGGGCCUGAUCCUUAUGGCAUCUUUCGUGGCAGGAUUUGUCGGAAUUCAGAUCGUAUCGCGGCUGUUCCAUCAGCUUCUCCCUUCACAUGUCGUCGAUUGCGAUCACAGCCAUGGCGAUGACCACGAGCAUUCACACGGACAGAGCCGCCGGCAAUCCUCGCGUGUGCGCAGUUCGAGCUGCCGACGCGUAGAUUCCUUUGGAAGAAACUACCCAAGCACGAAGACGCCAACUAAUGGCGUUUCUGCCGCCCACGAAAGCACGCCGUUGUUGACGGAGGUUCCAAACAGCGGUAGUGGUCUUCACCGGACUGCGACUAUUGAUACAGAGUACCCAUACAGACCCGGACCCACGCCGCAGAUCAGCCGUAGCAGAGCGACAACGCAGAGCCGGCGGCCAUCAAUGUUACAGGUACAAAAGAGAGUCCUGUCGUUUGUGAAAGACACAAAGUCAAAUUGCGACGAACAGGGACCAUGUUAUGGCUACACAGACCCGUGCGGCCAGGAGUGUUUCAAGCAUAUCAGCAGCCGUGUUCCCAAGCCAUUCUCCAACUUUCGCACGACCAGCAUCGCCGAGGCGACGCCAGGUGAAGAGGCCACAGGGGAAGCCUCGACAACGGGCACCUUGAGUCCCACCGAACAGAGAAGCAGGGCCACAUCAAGCCAUUCGCAUUUUGACCAGCAAACAGAUGAUGGACACGAGCAUGACCACGAUGACCUGGAGUCGCAGCAUCAUCAUCAUGUUCCACAAAACGCAUUCCUGUCCAUCGGCUUGCAGACGUCGAUAGCCAUUGCUCUGCACAAGUUCCCUGAAGGCUUCAUUACAUAUGCUACGAACCAUGCAAACCCUGAGCUUGGCUUCAGCGUCUUCCUCGCCCUAUUCGUCCACAAUAUCUCGGAGGGCUUUGCAAUGGCACUGCCGUUGUAUAUGGCGCUCAACAGCAGAACAAAGGCCAUCAUGUGGUCAUCUGUCCUGGGUGGCCUGAGCCAGCCUCUGGGAGCAGGCAUCGCUGCGUUGUGGUUCAAGUUUGCUAAUCACAGUAACAUGAGUCCGGAUGAGGUUGCAUAUGGUUGCUUGUUUGCAGUGACGGCAGGCAUCAUGACCAGUGUUGCCAUCCACCUGUUUGUGGAGUCUCUUAGUCUGAACCACAACAGGAACCUGAGCAUAGUCUUCGCCGUCCUAGGCAUGACGCUGCUCGGUGUCAGCAGCGCCUUUACCUCUCAUGAUCACUAGCAACACAUCCCGUCCAGUCGGAAGCAAAGGCCGCGCGUGGCUCGUACAGCCAGACUUUUUGCAUAAUCAUUAAGGUUUUCUUCGGGCUUCCUGGCAGGGUCUCGGUCCAUUACACCACCCACGGCGUUCAUCAGAAGCAUUUUAAGCAUAGGAUUCGAAGGGAAAUUGAC